GGUCAAAUUUUCCAUUUCCUCUCCUCCGACCGCGUCCUAGAAGAUCAAUUGAGUUUUUCCCCAGUUUCUACGCUUCCCGCUCUUUCCGAACCGGUGAGCCGGCGGCACGUCUAGAAAGUAAUAUAUUAUCACUAUCAACCGGCGAUGAGGGCGUGUCAAUUGUUCAAGGCGCUUUACAGCAAGUCUGCGUUGUAUGCCGGUUUCGAGCACGGCGUAGUUGGAUGUUGCGCUUCUCAGAAGUUCGUCACGAGCAGAAGAACCAUGGCGUCCAUAUGCGAUGUUGGUGUCCGAAAGGAGUCUGACACGUUCGGUGAACUUGAAGUACCCAGCGAUCGUUAUUAUGGUGCUCAAACAGUACGGUCAACAAUGAACUUUCGUAUUGGUGGCGAAAAAGAACAGAUGCCGUACCCUGUAAUUGUAGCUAUGGGUAUAUUAAAAAAGGCUGCAGCUGAAGUAAAUAAAGAAUUUGGCCUUGAUGCCAAAAUUGCUGAUGCUAUAAGUAAGGCGGCAGAUGAAGUAAUUAGUGGAAAACUCUAUAAUGAAGGACAUUUUCCUUUGGUUAUUUGGCAAACUGGUUCUGGUACUCAGUCAAAUAUGAAUACUAAUGAAGUAAUCAGUAAUAGAGCUAUUGAAAUUUUGGGUGGACAAUUAGGAUCAAAAACUCCAGUUCAUCCGAAUGAUCAUGUUAAUAAAAGCCAGAGUUCCAAUGACACUUUCCCAACAGCCAUGCAUAUUGCAGUUGCUAUGGAAAUAAAUAAUUUGUUGUUGCCCUCCCUAAAACAUCUGCAUAAUGAAUUAGAUAAAAAAGCCAAAGAGUUCUCUGGUAUAAUUAAAAUAGGCAGAACUCAUACACAAGAUGCUACACCAUUAACUUUGGAACAAGAAUUCAGUGGAUAUGUUAGACAACUUCACAAUGGAAUUAAAAGAGUAGAAAAUACUUUGCCUCAUCUGUAUGAAUUAGGAUUAGGCGGUACAGCUGUUGGAACUGGCUUGAAUACUAGAGUUGGCUUUGCUGAGAAAUGUGCUGAUAAGAUAAGCGAGUUAACUAAUUUGCCAUUUAAGAAAUCUCCUAAUUUUUUUGAAUCAUUGGCUGCCCAUGAUGCUAUGGUAGAAGUCUCUGGAGCAUUAAAUGUACUCGCAUGCAGCUUGAUGAAGAUUGCUAAUGAUAUCAGAUUCCUUGCAUCUGGACCCAGAAGUGGAUUAGGAGAAUUAUCAUUGCCAGAAAAUGAACCAGGAAGUAGUAUUAUGCCUGGGAAGGUAAAUCCUACCCAAUGUGAAGCAAUUACAAUGGUGUGUGCUCAAGUAAUUGGCAAUCAUGUAGCUGUAACAGUUGGUGGUAGCAAUGGUCAUUUUGAGCUGAAUGUUUUCAAACCUAUGAUUGUUUCCAAUGUUCUGAGAUCUGUAAGACUAUUAGCAGAUAGUGCUAUGUCAUUUACCGACAAUUGUGUUGUUGGUAUUGAAGCUAAUAAGGAGAGAAUCAAUCAUCUCUUACAAAACUCACUUAUGUUAGUAACUGCCUUGAAUCCUCAUAUAGGAUAUGAUAAAGCUGCUAAGAUUGCUAAAACUGCUCAUAAAAAUGGUUCUACUCUAAGAGAAACUGCAAUAAAACUUGGAUACUUAACUGAAGAAGAAUUUGAUAAAUGGGUAAGACCAGAAGACAUGCUAGGACCCAAAUAAUGAGUUUAAUUCAUUCUAGGUGCACAAUUACUUUAAUUAUUUUUAAAUGUACUUUUUUUUUUCUGAUGAAUGUAUUUGGUAUUUCAAUACAAUGAGAAAAUAAAAAUAAAUUGAAAUACAUCUUUAUAGUUAAUAAA